CACGUGGUGCGAUUCGCACGCGCUUUAAAAAGUCGAGAUGAGCGCGCGAUGUUCCCCACCUGAGCUUUAUCACACCUCUACAGUCCGUGAACCAGGGCCAAACCCGGGAGCAUUCCCUCUCAUCUCUCCAUGAAGAUCUGGAUAAUGUGAGGAACCUGCAGCAAAGCGCUUUAUUCCUUAUUACUUUAACAUGGCAUCGGAAGUUAAGAGCGCGUGUGCUGCAUUUCUCCUCGGAUGGAUUGUGUUUUGUAAGCCCACGAGCGCCCGUCUCUAUAACAACCGCUAUUCGGGUGAUCAGGUACUGAGAAUAAUUCCCAGCAGUCCAGGGGAGAUCCAUUAUCUCCAGCAGCUUUUCCAGAACAUAACGGUGGACCUCUGGCAGCCCAGCAGCUCUAACCUUAUCCACGAGGGAAAAGAGGUAGACGUCCAUGUGGGACGAGACAAGACAGCACGUCUCAAAAAUCUGCUCAGACGGGCGCACGUUCAGCAUGAACUGCUUAUUUCUGACGUGCAGAGGGAAAUGGAGAAACAGACGGGGUAUCGGUCAAACAGAAAGCGCAGAUCAGUGUUCCGGUAUGAUUAUGAAGUGUAUCAUCCUCUGGAGGAGAUCCAGACUUGGAUGUUUGAAAUGAACCAGACACACCCACACCUAGUGGACUUGUUUUCUAUUGGACGGUCCUAUGAAGGACGGCCCCUUUACGUGCUUCAGUUAGGAAACCGGGUUCGGACCAGUAAGAAGGCCGUGUGGAUGGACUGCGGCGUUCAUGCGCGGGAAUGGAUCGGCCCUGCCUUCUGUCAGUGGUUUGUGAAGGAAGCUUUGAACUCCUAUCAGCACGACUCCAGCAUGAGGCGACUGUUAAAGCAGCUGAACUUCUACAUCAUGCCUGUGUUCAACGUGGAUGGAUAUCACUACAGCUGGAAAAGUGAUCGCUUUUGGAGGAAAACACGAUCCAAAAAAGCCAAGUACCACUGCAGGGGUGUCGACGCCAACAGAAACUUUAAAGUGAGAUGGUGCGAAGAAGGCGCUUCCACACACCCCUGUGACGACACCUACUGCGGCCCAUUCCCAGAGUCCGAGCCCGAGGUGAAGGCCGUCUCCCGUUUCCUGCGCAAGCACAAGAAACACACCAAGGCUUACAUAUCCAUCCACGCCUACGCUCAGAUGCUCCUCUAUCCCUACUCCUACAAAUAUGGCACCAUCCCCAAUUUUGACUGUGUGGAAACAGCAGCGCAGAAUGCAGUGAGUGCCCUGUACUCCGCGUACGGCGUCAGAUACAGAUACGGCCCUGCCUCCACCACACUGUAUGUAAGCUCAGGGAGUUCUAUUGACUGGGCCUACAAGAACGGCAUCCCCUACGCUUUCGCCUUCGAACUGCGUGAUACAGGCCAUUAUGGUUUCCUCUUGCCAGAGGCCCUGAUUGCUCCCACGUGCACAGAGACCAUGAGGGCAGUAAGAGCUAUCGCUUCUGGCCUGCUGAAGAAAUGCACCAGAUGAUGAAAUAGCACUCUCUUUUUCUCUAUCUCUCUCUCUUCUACACUGUGUGCCAUGUGCUCCAGCUCAGAGCACAAGCCUGUACCUAUACUCACACCUGCAGGAAAGAUGAUGCUGGAACAUUGUAAAUGGAUUUGGCUGAAGAACUUUAAUACUUAAAAGCAGAGAAUACAAAAAACAACAAAGAAACCUGAAUACAUAAUACAUCAUUUCUAUCAUGCAGUGAUUUUUAAGGCUUUUACCUCAUUUGUCUGACAAUCGUAUCUUUGCCAUUGCACUUUUUUGAGAAGUGCCUCUGUUUGUGAAACCUGGUACAGUUUUUUUGUUUGUUUGUUUGUUUUUAAAUCAGACCACUUUGAGCACUUGCUGAAACAAGAACCUCAAGUCAGUACAGUAUGUAAGAACACCGACCAAAGAGUGUAAAUGUUGUGUACUUGUUUUUUAAAAAUUCUGGAUGUCUAUGUAACAGAAAUAAUCUAAUCAAUGACUGGGUUCAAUGUGAAAUAAGCUAAUAACUGAUCUUUAUUGUAAUACAGUCAUAUGAUAUAUAAUAAAUGUAUUAUACAAUA